CCUUAGGGUAGCUAGUCUAGACUCCCCUGCAGAAACUUGCGCAAUGGGUCCGAUGGAGGGCUCGAACCCAUGACGACCGGCUCACAUGACUCCGUGGCUGCGGGAGAGAAGGAUUUUCGAGAGAGGGAAGAUGGGCGGUUCGCAGAGCGGCUUCUGGGGCGUCAACACCUACAAGAGCCAUUACAGCAGGAAUGCCGCAUUCUCCAUUGCGUCGAUAAACGCUGCGAUGUGCCUUCUCGUCAUCAACGGAGCUCUGGCGCUUCUCGCAAUCAACUGUGAGUGCCCACCGCACUGCCAGCAAGAGGGAGAGCCCAAUGGAGAGAGCCUAACUUUCAUUCACACCUCUCUCUCUCUCUCUCUGUGUGUGUGUGUGUCUGUCUGUGUGUCUGUCUGUGUGCCUGCCAGGCAUUAUCGGGGCGUUGAGCAUCAACUCGCUCUUCUCGCUGCUGAGCGUGAACAGCGCCUUCUCAAUCCUCUCGGUCAACUGUGCGCUGUGCAUCGGAUGCACCGGGGACCUCCUGGUAGGGGAGGCAGGCCAUUUGUUCAGGCCAUUUGAGGAGCAUCUCUGCCACUGACUCAUCGUCUGCUUGUGUGUGAUGCAGUGUGUGAAUCCGGAUUGGUUCUGACAGGAGGGGCGCUGCGGGAUGAUAGACAGCGCGCAAUUAGGAUACGCCGGAUGGCUCCUUGUUCGUAUCUGACGGGUGACUGACUGACUGGGUGGCCUGCAGCUAGCUAGUAGCUUCAUGGGAUGGGCGUCUGUCUGUCUGUCUGUCUUUUUCGUCUGUCUGUCGAUAUGUCGUCUGUUCAUAUGGCGG